AUGAAAAACAACGUCAGGAGCAACAAAAACGAUUUCAACAGAGAACAGCAGCAGCAUCACAUUAUAAAGUCGUACAAACUGACGGUCAUAAACAGCACGAAGAACAACGUUACAAGUUCGGACAACCACGAUGCGACGAUCCAGCAUCUCAUCAAAGAUCCGCUGACUGGGAAAAUUUUCAUCAGCGCGCCCAAUGCUAUUUUUCACCUAACUUCUGAUCUAAGUCUAAUAAAUGUCUUAAAGUUUCGGCCACAUCUGUACAAUCCUUACUGCGGGCCUUUCGAAGUUUACUGUUCGUGUUUAGUGAAGGAUUGCUAUGAGUUCAAGCCGCAGUUGAGAGAUAGUAUCGUUAAGACUAUCGUUGUGGACGAAGUUGAGAGGAGAGUUGUUGUCUGUGCUACUUUGUUUAAGGGUCAUUGUCAGAAAUACUACCUGGACGACAUCACAAAAACCGACGGAUCUACUCACACGAUAAUCGUGCCGGCCUGCGAUAAUUGCUCUACCAUUAUGUUCAUCGCCCCUGGACCCCCCCUCACCCACCACCACCAACAACAGCAACAAACUCACCAACACCAACAAAGUGGAGGUCAGAGUAGAGUUUUCUACGUUGCAGCCACUAGAAGCGAUGAUGGAAUGGCCACCUACAAAGAUAAUGUUCCUAUGCUGAGUAUGAGAAACAUGGAUGAUUUCUCCCUCUUCUCUGAUGACAUAGAUGGCAAGUCAUUCAUCGACAUCGAUACUCAGAUCAGAGAAAUCUUCAAAAUUCACUUCGUGCACGGCUUCAGCUACCAAAACUUCAGCUACUUCAUCUCCCUGCAAAUGGGAACGACGAACAUGGCGUCGCCACUUUCUGAAUACUUGGUGACGAGGGUCUCCAGAGUAUGCCACAGAGAUAUCAACUUCAACUCCUUCACAGUCAUGCAGCUCGAAUGCAAAUCGAUGGCGGUUGAUGACGUCAAUGAUGACGCCAACGAUGAUAUAAACAAUCGCUAUCGUCAGCCUCGCGACAGCAGCAGCAGCAGCCGCAGCAAACGAAAAAGACAUGAGAAGAAAUCGACGCCAUCGUCAUCCGUGAUCGACUACAAUGUCUUAUUAGCGGCUACUGUCAUUCAACCCGGCACGAAACUAGCAGAGACCAUGGGGCUUAGAUUUUCAGAUGAUGACGUUUUAGUCGGCGUAUUUGCCAGGCAGGUAGUUUCGCCGUUUCGAGGCCGAUCCAAAAACUCAACCACUAGUGGCACUGGUGGUAGCAGCAGUAGUAGCGGUAGUAAUGGUGGCAGCAAUUUUGAUGAUGGCAUUGUUGAGGAUGAUGACGACGGCGAUAGUAACUUCCAAGAUUACAGUGAUAAUGAGAGAAAGAAUAAGAAUAACAAUAAAAUUUUCUGGGACAACGUUGGCCCGACCAUGCCAGGCUCAGCCAUCUGCAUGUAUCCAAUGCGACAAUUAGCCAGUCAAUUUACUGUAGCUAUACAGACCUGCUUUCAAGGCAUCGGCAACACCGGCCCAGACUACUAUGCCCUACCUUAUCCGUGUCAAUGGGCUCCCCUACCGAUCACUGACGAUUAUUGCGGUGAGUUCGAUUUUAAUCGACCGAUAGUUGGAACCCAUCCGAUUGCGGCCAGUCCAACUCUGAUUUUGCCGGAAGUUAAGGCCACGGGUGUGGUCGGUAUGGCAAGUAAUGAGGACACGGUUCUAUUUUUAGCCACAGAUCAUGGUACCAUUGAGAAGGUUAACUUAGUAUCAGCAACCGAGGCAUACGUAUAUGAUACAAUCACACUGGACAAGCCGAAUGUUCCUGUGGGCAAGAGUAUGGUCUUUGAUCUGAAUCACAAGCAUCUCUUCGCUUAUGCAAACAGAACGAAACAGUGCACUCCUAUGGACCAGUGUUCGGACUCAGAUAAGCCGCAGAGAUGGCUGACCAAGGGCAGCUGUGCCAAAAUUAUCGAGGUCAAGCCAAGCCACGCUGAAAAGAUUAACAACUUAACUUCCGUUAUCAUCAUAAAAGUCCAAAACCUACCCCUCCUGCUGACCGAACGUUACGAGUGCUCAUUCGUCGGGCACGGCCUCAAUAGGUCAACCCCCGCCCACGUCGACCCGAUUUCUAGCGACCACGUUACUGGUGGCGAAGUCGAUGACGUCACAGACGGGAAUGUGACGUUGAGAUGCGACACGCCAAGGUCCAAUUUACUCCCGCCAUUUCCAACCGGAAAAGACCACAUAACGAUAUCACUGUCCAUCACGUCUGACGGCUUCCAGCAUCUGACGACAGAUUUCACGUUCUACGACUGCAGCGUCCACACUACCUGCACUCGAUGCACCAACAGCAUGUACCCGUGCACUUGGUGUGUUCAGGUCAAUAAGUGCACGAGCACUAAGGACGAGUGCAAGAACGAUACACUCAUCACCGGGAUUAAUCUUCUGGGGAAUUCCGACACUCCCGGUCCUUCCCACUGCCCGCGCAUCGACAACGCGCACGACAAUUCCUCUGAGAUAUUUAUAUCAUCAGGGUCGGAGGUCGAGGUCAUUUUGAAGGUCAUCAAUAAAACUGUCUAUCAAGCUCCUCUCCGCUGCAUAUUUAACUUCGACGGGGGCCACGAAGUCAAGGCCGAUCACGUGAUGGGCUCAAAUGACGUCAUCAGAUGUCAACCAAUGAGAUUCGAAUAUUACAGUUCUACCCCUUUUCUCAAUGUGCCCCUGAGAGUUAUGUGGGGUGAGGGUCCAGUUCAGAAAGCUCUCGAUCCGAGAUUGAAAUGUGGCUGGUGCAUCCCCAGCAGCCGCAAAGUUGCUGGGUCCUGUAAAAUUAGGGAGGAGUGCGUUUCUGCAGGAUUACCAGGUAAAGAAAAGUGGAAAAGCAGGAAGGAAGUUUGUCCGGAUUCUAGGAUUACUUCAAUCUCUCCGAAAAAAGGUCCUUUGAACGGUGGAACAAUGCUGACAGUGUUAGGAGAAGAUUUAGGAUUGAGUGCAGAUGAUACUAAUGUUCUCAUCGCUGGCCUGCCAUGUCACGUUCUUCACUAUGAACCGAGUUUAUCAUUUAAAUGUGUGACCUCAAAAUCUGAACGACCUUUGACCUCAUCUCUCGUUGUGUCCAUCAGUUCAUUGAUCAGUUUCGUUUCAGAUUCCAACUUUACUUACCAGGACAGCAGAGUGAGUCACAUGACUCCACACUUGGGUCCUCAGUCUGGCGGCACUUUGAUCACCAUAUAUGGGGAGAACUUAGACUCCGGGUCUAAUGUUUCCGUCAUUUUGUCAUCGUCAUCGUCGUCGUCAUCAUCAUCCUCAUUAUCGACCGCAUGCGUUGUGCAGUUUCAAUCAAACAACUACUUGACCUGCUUAACGGGAACUGCUGAUUCGACCUACAUUGUCAACAGUCUCGACCUAGUUAUCGACCAAUCGAAAUUCAGCUUACAGCGAGCCAGUGAGGAUGACUUCGGUGGCAACAUUUUGGUGGUGAGGGGCUACAGGUUGGAUAUCACAGCCAAGCCAAUGAUGAUUGUCUACAGAGAUAAUGAAAAUUUCACAUCGCCAUGUCUCGUCAUAUCGGAUCUAAGAAUGGAUUGCUUGACUCCUAACGUCACUCUGCCACAGGAUAAUAAUAAUAAUAAUAACAACAACAAUAAUAAUAACAAUAAUAAUAAUAAUAAUGUUAGUGAUGGUAUUGGUGGCGUUGGUAGUAUGAACAAGAAGCAGAGGAACUAUUUAAAAGUUAAUAAGGCUAGUACUAACGCUGCAGCUACUGCUAACAAUAAGAGGUUUAAAAGGAGUAAUAAUAAUAAUAAUAAUAAUAAUAAUAUUUAUAAUAAUGGCUAUGAGGAUUAUAACGAUGAAGAGGAAGAUGAAGAUGACGACGAUGAUAUUAAUAAUAAUAAUAAUAAUAAUAAUAAUAGUAACGAUGAUGGUAAUAAUAAUAAUAAUAAAAAUAAUAAUAAUAAAUAUCUACCAUCAUCAUCAUCACCCUGGUCAUCAUCAUCGCCGUCAUCAUUAUCGCUACUUCCGAUCCGUCUUCAUUACGGAUUUGUGAUGGAUGGAGUGAAGAACCUUCUUAACUUAUCCAGUGGGGUUCUGUUUGUCUAUCCGAAUCCGAGGUUCGAACAAUUUGAAGAUGGCGUCAGGAAGAGUCACUCUAAUAAGCUGGAACAUUUGGCGCUUAAUGGUCGAUAUUUAAAUCUGGCCUUGACACCAUCUGAUUAUUUGGUGACAGUUCACAUAGGCAACAACAGCGUCCAAACUCUGGGAAAGUUAGUUCCAGAGGGCGGAGUUGUAGCAAUGCUGAAGUCUCCGCCCUUUUUAGGAGGAGCCAUCGGGGCGGUCUUCUUAUUGGCUGUCGUCAUCAUCCUGAUUUGUCUGGCCUACCGAAUCAAAUCGAAGAAAAAUCAGCGUGCCGUGAAGAGAUUGCAGAAACAGAUUGAUGGAUUGGAAACUACUUUUACUACUGCAAGCAUAUUUAAUAACAGGGACUAUAGAAGUUUCUGCGCCCACGUUCUCUUCCCAGGGCACCACCUGGACCAUCCCGUCUUGAGGUGGGGUACGAACACUGGCAACCCCCUCACCUACUCACAGCAGCAGCAGCAGCAUCGUUUGCAUCAACGUACGUUAGAGUCGUGCUAUUGCACGGGUUCUCCGAGAGAUGCGGGCUCAUCAGCGGUCGAAUCUGAAGUCUGCUUGCUGUCCUUCACACCGAACAAUUCUGCCAGGGGGGUGUUUAGUCGCACCAACUAUCCGAACAGCAACAACACGCCCAACAACAACAACAACAACUCUUCUCUACUGCUGAAAAACUCGCAAACUGAUUUGGACGCCGCUAUCGUCUCGUCAUCGGCGACUAAAACUAGCGGCGGUAAAAAGCGGCAACAGCAGCAACAACAGCAGCAGCUACUGCUUCAGCAGCAACAGCAGCUGUUCGAACAGCAGCAGCAAGAGGAACUGAUUACGUCACGCCUGACUCGAAGGAUGUUAGCGGAGGUGGGUGACCUACUUUUAAAUAGGUCAUUUUUGUUGACGUUGGUUAGGACCUUGGAGCAGAGGCCGGAUUUCAAUGUGAGAGAGAAGGUGAAGUUUGCCUCGCUACUGUCCGUUGUACUGCAGUCUCAUAUGGUCUACCAUACUGACAUCUUAAAGACUCUACUCUCCGAGUUGAUAGAGAGAUCGACCGAGAAGAGGAGUCACCCAAAGCUGCUUCUCAGAAGAACUGAAUCUGUGGCAGAGAAGAUGCUUACUAACUGGUUCACUUUCCUACUCCACAAGUUUCUUAAGGAGCAAGCGGGAGAAAAGUUGUUCAUGCUGUUCCAGGCAGUUAAACACCAGACAGAAAGGGGUCCAAUCGAUCAGGUGACCAGUGAAGCUAAAUAUUCUCUUAGUGAGGAAAAGCUGAUUAGACAGCAUGUUGAAUAUAAAGCUAUGACUCUGUACAUCCCUGAUUACGACUCACCACAACUCCAACAACAACAUCAACAACAACAACACCAAGUGAAGGUGCUGGAUUGUGACACGAUAACACAAGUUAAGGAGAAAAUUCUCGAUGUUAUUUAUGUGCGUCUGGGUUUUUCCGCUCGGCCCUGCAAAGAUGACUUUGAUUUAGAAUGGAUCGAUCCGUCCAGCGGCCAGCCGAUCAUUAUGCAGGACGAGGACAGUACCACUUUGUUCUCAGGGGAGUUCAAGAAGUUAAAUACACUGAGCCAUUAUAAAGUUAAAGACGGCUCAAUUGUUAAGCUCGUUCAUAGGCAAAACUACUAUAGCAAUAAUAAUCAACAGAAGAUGGAAACAUUUUUCUCCGGAAGUCUACCGAGCAGUUAUUCUCUGUCGCAUAAUGUUACUCUAGCAACACAAAAAAGCGUCAAAGUUUACCAUUUGGUAAAAAGCAACAGUGAGCAUGAUAGCAGAAGAGAUGAGAGGAAUGAUAAGAUGGUGUCCGAGAUAUUUCUUACCAGAUUGCUUACCUGCAAAGGCACACUUCAAAUUUUCGUGAACGACUUGUUCGAGACGAUCUUCCGUUGUGAUUACGUACCAUCGUCACGUCACUCAAAUCCAAACCCCGCCCACGCUAGCGGAGUCCCGUUACUCAGCAACAGCAGCGUCAGCAACCGUCACAGCAACCAGAUGCAGCAACUACAGCAGCAGCAGUACAGCUGCUUGCCUCUGGCGAUUAAAUUUAUGUUUGAUUUUUUUGAUGACCAAGCUGCUCUGCAUAACGUCGUCGACCAUGAGGUUGUUCAUACAUGGAAGUCCAACAGCCUGCCAUUAAGAUUUUGGGUGAACGUAGUCAAGAACCCGAACUUCAUCUUCGACAUCCACAAGUCGAACACCGUGGACUCCUGCUUGUCCGUCAUCAGCCAGACCUUCAUGGACAGCUGCUGCAUGGGCGACCACAAACUUACCAAGGACAGUCCGUCCAGUAAGCUCCUCUAUGCCAAGGAAAUCCCCAAAUAUAAGGAGUGGGUCGUCAGAUACUAUGAUGAGAUCAAGUCGAUGCCAGCUCUGAGUGAGCAAGACAUGAAUGAAAUGCUCCAUCAGGAGUCUCUGAUUCAUGCAAAUGAGUUCAACACAGAGGAGGCACUGAAGAUGAUAUGCCAGUACAUAUUCAAGUAUUAUAAAGACUUUUCAUCAGCACUAAAAGAUGACGAAUUUUCAAUGCGUGAUAGACUGAACGAACGACUUGAAAUCCUGAAUAAAAGAAUGCAGGGAAUGAUUGAUGGCAGCAUGGAUGAUGACCUCAUGCUGCCCAUAGUUAACAUCUCUGAUAACAUUAACGAUGAACAUGAUGCUAACCAAUCAACCAACCGACCGACCAGCCAACCAAACAGCCAACCAAUAGUAAUGAAGUUAUAAAUAGCUUAUUUAAUUUUUCAUUUUCGAAAAUACAGUUUAUUAAUUAAUUAAUUAGUUAAUUAAUUAAAUCUUAGCUUGGUUUCUAUUAUUUUCAGUUUUCAGCUUUUAAAUCUUACAUUUUAUUUCUUCUUUGUUAUAUUUUCAUCUCCACACAUAUAUAGUAUAUAUAUAAAUUUAUAUAUAUAUAUAUAUAUAUACUUAUAUAUAUAUAUACUUAUAUAUACAUAUAUAUAUUUAUUUUUUUAAGGAGUUAGACAUUUACUUUUUAUUCACUUAUUUUUUAUUUUUAUACUAAUAUAAUUUUUUAAAAAUGUUAUGACUACUUCUGCUGUGUUUAUAUAAACAUAUAUAUAUAUAAUAUAUAUAUAUAUAUAUAUAUAUAUAUAUAUAUAUACCUUUCAACAGUGAUUGCAUAUAUAUAUAUAUACAUAUAUAUAUAUAUGUAUAUAUAUGUAAAUAUAGUAUUAUGAAUGAUAUGUUGCUUUAUUAAUGAAAUUAAAGGAUUUACUUAGUACUGUCGUUAGUUGUUCAAAUCAUGAGUUUUGUCAUUUGACAUUAAAAAUUUAAUGGUAAAAU